AUGAAGGCCGCGUCCACCCCCAAGUCGAAGGCGUCUUCCGCGCCCAUCUUCCUCCAGAAGACGUACACGAUGUUCGAGAACUCGCCCGAGGCCGUCGCCUCCUGGGCCAACAACGGAACCACCAUCGUGGUCAAGGACCCGCAGGAGUUUGCGCGCACGAUGCUGCCCAAGUACUUCAAGCACAACAACUUUGCCUCGUUCGUGCGCCAGCUCAACUUUACGGCUUCCGCAAACGAUAUCACGAAGCACUGGUGGGAGUUUUACCACGACAAGUUUCUGCGCCACCACCCGGAGCUCAUGGCCCAGAUCCGCCGCAAGACGUACUCGGAGGCCGGCGAGCCGACCGAGAAGGAGGAAGUCGAAGUGCUCAAGAGCCAAGUCACGUCCCUCCAGUCGCAGCUCUCGCAGCUCACCAACCAGAUUACGAACUUGACCUCGGUCGUCUCGACGCUCAUGGAGACGCAGAAGCGGGCGCUCGAGUCGGUGCCGGAAGGCGCGCCGCCGUCGCCCAAGAAGCAGAAGACGGUUGUCCAGGACGACUGCGAGCACCUCGUAAAGAUCGAGCCGAUGCUCAUGGAUAUUGUCGCCCCCGCGCCGCCGUCGCUCGCGCACCAGAACAGCCUCAACUUGGACGACGAGUUCAUGAUGUUUGACGACCGCCACUUUGGCAGCUUUGACGAAACCGCGACUUCGAUGCAAGACUUGCUCGAAGCUUUCCCCAAGGCCCCCACGGCAGCCCCGUCGUCGUCCUCCACAGCCUCCGCGAACGCGGCCGAGAGCCUCGCCCGGUGUUCGCCGUCGCUGGUUAUGCCCAUGGGCUUUCCCUUCUCGACGCCCCUCCAGUAG